AUGGGCCGCCGUCUGAAACUCUUCGCUCCUCGUCCGCUGCUAGACUACCUCUCAGAUGCUGAUGCUGACCCAUCGCUUGAGACCAUCCCUCCCCUGCCUCCCCUCUUGUCAACCCCUGAGAUCCUUCGCUUGAUUAUCCAACACUUGAACGCGCCUGCGUUGUCUGCGUUGGCAUGUUGCCGCCCGGGGCUGAUGGCCCCUGUCAGUAGGCAGCUAUAUAAGACACUGGAUUCGAAACAACUAGAGAAACUAGCAAACAGAUUUCUUACGUAUGCCCCUGCUCCUGAUCCAGGUGCAAACGCCCGUGUAGAUCGUUUCCGCCAGCUAUAUGCGCACCAUAUCCAGCAUCUGCACAUCAUGACACAUUCUACUCGUAACUCUGACGCGCCUAUUUCCAUCUGGAAACAGCUGCAACGUCUCAUGCUGAUAUGGCCAACUGAAGCAUUGUUCCCCAAUCUGCGGUCUCUGACUUGUACAGCCGAUGAGCCUGAACACGUGGAGACGAUGCUCAAACUGCUUGUCGCGUCGCUCGAAGAGCUCAAUAUUACGGGAAGCUCCUUGUCCAUCGGCUCAGAGCAGGACUAG